AAGAAAAGUGUCCAUGUUCGCUUCCAUCUUUUGUCUUGAACCCUGAUAGUCGACGACUGCCGCAGACCAGGCGUAGAACACCAGAACAGGUCGAUUUGGGGCUUCCGGCUCCUUUAUCCAAAUCCGUCCGAUAUCUCUUCUCCCAGCUGCAAUCCCCUCUCGCUCAUCCAUUGGCGUGGGAAGAUAUAUCUAUUGCCCUCUCAAUAUGGAUGUUAAUAUCACAGUGGGAUUUCAUCAAAUGUAUUGGUAAACAACGAGAGCUGAUGAUUUUACUGGCUAGGCAACUUUCUCCAUCUACUAUAAUGUUGGAUCCAUUCAACUAAUUAAUAAUGACAGCAUCAGUAGUUUCCUCAGUGUUGCAGAGACUUGGUGACUUUGUGAUCCAAGAAGCUGCCUUUUUAAGUGAUGUUCCUCGACAAGUAUCAACCAUGAAAGCAGAACUCAGCCAGAUGCAAUGCUUCUUAAAUGUUGUGGAUGCCAAAUGUUUGGAAGGAAACAACAUGAUGAGAAAUCUGGCCAGUGAUAUUCGAGAUGUUGCAUACCGGGUAGAAGAGGUUAUCGACAAUGCUCGUUUUAUUUGUAGGAGAAAGAGUUCUCUAUCAAAAUAUACUCACAUCAUUGGUGAUUCCAUUGAUCUCCGUGAGGUUGGCAAAAAGAUAGAAGUUAUAAGAAAGGAUAUUAAUGAGAUUUUUGAGCGUUACCAAAGAUACAACACAGUUAACUCUAACAGUUUGAUGGAAGCACAACCCAUUUUUAGGGAGGAUGAUGAUUUCUAUGCACAAAGGCUUGUGUCUCCCGUUGUCGAUCAAGGCAUGGAUAUAGUUGGAUUUGAUCAUGAAAUCGAACAGAUUAAGAACUAUUUGCUUGACCAAAAUAGCAUGAAUCUAACUGUCAUAUCGAUUGUUGGUCAAGCAGGGGCUGGGAAGUCAACACUUGCAAAACUAGCUUAUAGGUCAGUCAUAGCUGAAGGUUAUUUUCACAAUUACGGCUGGAUAUCCAUCUCUCCAAAGUAUUCUGUCGUCGAACUUUUACGAGAGCUCGUGAGACAGAUCAGGGGCAUUGGAAAUGAAAGCGAGAAAAAGACUCUGUUUCUAAACAUCUAUAGUGAGACAGAGCUUUUGGUUGUUCUCUUUGAAAUUUUGAAUGAAGAGCGUUAUCUUGUUGUUUUGGAUGACAUCUGGACAACAGAUACCUGGGACAAGAUAAAAUCAGUAUUUCCUAACAAUGUAAAUGGAAGUAGAAUAAUUUUGACUACUCGUGAUAUGGAGGUUGGAAAACAUCCGAAAUCAAACCUGCGAAUUCAUACACCUGACCUAUUAGACGAAGAUAAGAGCUGGGAGCUUUUCCAGAAGAAGGCAUUUACAGUUGAUACACAAGUGAAUAGUAUCACAGAACUUGAGGUGGUGGGGAAAAAGCUUGCCAAGAAAUGCAAUGGCUUGCCACUUGCUCUAGUGGUUUUAGGUUGCUUCCUCUCACGAAAUCACAAUAUUCAUACAUGGGAGCAAAUGGCUGCUAGUGUUGACUGGGAAAUCAUGAAAAAGGAGGGCGAUGUUGGACGUAUAUUAGCUCUAAGUUAUCACAAUAUGCCAAAUAACCUUAAAGUUUGCUUUCUUUAUACUGCAUCCUUUCCAGAGGACUACCCUAUCACUGUUCAUGCUCUUAAAAAGAUGUGGAUUGCUGAGGGAUUUGUCCCAAAUAUAAGAGGAUAUACACAAGAAGAAGUUGCCUAUAGAUAUGUAGAAGAGCUGGCACGGAGAUGUAUGAUCCAAAUUGAAGGAAGAAGUAAAAACAUUGGAUGGAUACAGACAGUAAAAGUUCAUGAUGUGUUGCGUGAGUGGGGAAUUGGACAAGCAAGGAAAGAAGGUUUCUUGAAAGUUUGCACGUGCGACACAGAUGUGGAGACUUCUUAUGCAGAUGAGCAAAGGUGUUACCGUGUAGCAUUUCAUGGUUACUUUGCUGAUGAAUUGGGAAACUCUCUUUGCAAUCUCCGUUCUCUGCUGGCCUUCAACCCUGAUGGCAAAGGUCUGUUUUCUUUCAAAGGGUUGCAUUUGUUGAGGGUUCUUCAUUUUUGCAGUUCCCUACAGGAAUGUACCUUGCCUGAAGACAUAAACAAAUUGGUACAUUUGAGAUACCUGGGUUUAGAAGGUACUACAGUUUUCAUGUUCCCUUCUUAUAUGAAAGGUCUUAGAAACUUGCAAAUUUUAGAGGCAAGUAAAGCUACUGUCAAGUCACUUCCAAGUUCCCUCUGGAGUAUCCCAGUACUAAAGCAUGUUCAUGUUUACCGAGUACUGCAUUGGAAAGCCAUGGAGAUUAGAACAAAACUAAGCUUGCAGACUCUCUAUGUAUUUUCCGUAAUGCAGUGUGAUACUCCGACAUGGAAAAGAACAAUCAGGUCUCUGCAGAAAAUGAGCCAACAAGUUUCCUGGUGCUUAGGGAUAGCUUCUACUAAACAUGUGAAGGGCAAAGAGACUCAAGAAAAUAAAUACACAUGGGAUAUUAGGGUAGAUGCCUUAGAGUCCGAAGUUGUUGGUUUAGAAUUGUGUGGGUGUUUUAAAAGGCUUCACGUUCUGAACGAUGUGCUUCCGCAUCAGAAUCUAUUCCCGGACUUUCUGUUGCAGCUCAAGAUAUCUUGCCCCAAUGUCCUAAAUGAUGAUCCAAUGCCAAUUCUGGAAAGACUUCCACGUCUUGAAGUGCUCGAAAUUGUUAACUCAUCAUACACAGGAAAGAGCAUAACCUGUUCUUCUGAGGGAUUCCUUGCAUUGCGCAGUUUGAUACUUGAGGAUCUCGAUUUGGAGGAGUGGAAUUUGCAGCAGGGAUCCAUGGCACUUCUUGCCAUUUUGACCCUCAACAAGUGUACCAAGCUGAGGAGCAUUUCUAAUGUGCUUGACCGGUUGGAUGAUUUGGUAGAGCUUCGUCUGAUUUGCAUGCCUCAGCUCUCUGCUGAUGAUCAUGAGGCAUCCAGGGAGAGGAGAUGCCGUGUCGUGAUCUCAGUUGAUGAGGAACAAACGUCCAGUAACUGAAUUUAAUGCCAGGUCAUCUGAAAACAAAGACCGUCCAAUCUUUCAGAGGCAAACCUCACACUCAACCAUCCAUUACCAUUUCGACCUCUUCGAUGCAGUCCCAAGAUGUCGAGGUAGAACUGCGGCAGAAUUGGUGUCCAGAUCUCAAGGGACGUACAUCCUCCCUGGUGCCUGGUGCACAUGACCCCGGAUAGACUAUUCAUUUCUAAUUAAUUUAUACUAUGAUCUCCUCCUAGCCUAGCAACUGCAGCAGCAUUGGCACUGGUAGAACUGCUUGGGCCAUACAAGCCACCCCACCAUCCUUUGCCGAUGGGAGGAAAACAGCAAUGUGGAGAACAUGGCACAAUGGGCUUUAUUUCUUCCUCAAGUAAGCAGCAGAAUUCCAUUUGCUGUAAGUAUGUAAUGUGAGUUGCUUUCUGUAGAUCAGAGACCAAACGAUCUAGUUUUUUGUAGAAAGCAGAAUAGUUAGUAUGUAAUAGGGUGUGCUAGUUAACUAAUUGUAUACUCAUUUUUAUUGCGCAUAGAAGAUGUCUCUUAAAAAAGCAAGCGAGAAAGAUGCUAUAUAUAUUUGGGGAAACUUCUAACAAAGCUAUCACUUAAGAAUUUGUCAGUUCAAUUUCUUUUGUUCAACUGGCUGGAGUGGACUCCUAGACUGUGUGGCAGCCAACAAUUUGGUACCAGAUUGUCAGCUGGAGGGCCAGGCGGCAGGGAAGGAGGAAGACAAGCCCUUCCAUUUUAGCUAUAGCAGAGAUAUUUGUAUUAGUCAUUGUUAUAUCUUUACACAUACUAGCUGAAGAUAUAUAUAACUCCGGCACUACCUGAUAUUUGCCCAAUAAAAUGGAAGGGUGUUCCAGUUGGCGUGCCAAUUGCCCAGUAAAUUUUAUGAUGGUU